GAAAAUCGCUGAAAACAGGGCCCUGAAUGUGCCCCUCGGCUCCUAUGCUUCUCUCCCCUACCAGAUUCCAUGGAAACAUCGUCAUUACUCGUGGACCAAGUGCCAAGAAAACUCUCCUCCCGAUCGAUGCAUUCCUUCUCCCGACUUCAUACCGCUGCACAAAUUCCGAAAGCAUUGUAAUCAGCCCAACUGUCGAAUUGGGGCAGGAAGGGCUUCCCUCUGCAAAAUCGUCUCAGGCCUCCCGAAAGUUGAGGCGGAUCAGAAAGCUGUUCCAUUUGAUGGUCGGCGGGUGAGACGCUGGUUUGGAAUUCUGUCCGGGGCGAGAAGGAGCGAAAUGGAGGGAGCGAAGGUGGAGACGAGGAAGCGUGAGUUUUCUGGGAAGGACGCGGGCAGCGUUCGGAAGCAGAUUGCUGAUGCACAUACUCAGGAGAUGGUGCAUCGCUCAAAGCCAUGCGCGGGGAAAGUGGGGAUUGUGCAGGCCUUGUGCGGGACUGGAGUUUUUCUGGGGUUAUGGUUUGUCCCCGCCAUGAUGGGCUACAACCUCAUCGAUCAGCCUGUCGAAACUCUGCGGAUUUGUUUCGCACUGUCUUUCCCGGUGCUACUCAUUUCUUAUUCUACACUGAGGUUGCAGCCUGAGAUUUGCCCGAUGUGGUGGGCGGCCUUUCGAGGCUUACUGAGUCUGCCUGUAGGGAUUGUUGCUGCGUCUUUUGUAGGAACAGUAUUUGGAGCGCCAAUAUCGUACGAAUCAGCUGUUAAGACUUUUCACUGGGCAGCACUCAUUUCAGCAUUGACGGUUGUACCUGUGGCAGUCGUUGUUGGAGGUUCAUGGUCAACCUGGCACCGCCUUUUUGCGCGCACAGAACCAGAUGGUCCGUUGGAGCUGGCUCUCUGUUUGUCCGCUCAUUGUGCAGCGAUAGGAUCUUGGGUUGGAGCAUGGCCCAUGCCACUUGACUGGGAGAGGCGAUGGCAGGAAUGGCCCGUGUGUUGUACAUACGGUACUGUGGGUGGUUAUUUGUUGAGCGUCAUCUUUUCAAUCGCGUGGUAUUCAGCCAACAGGGGAGCAUCUAGUGAAGGAGAGAAGAAGAAAGUAAACUAAGCUGAGGCUUUUCUAAGUACACGAGUCAACCUGUGUUUGAAACAAAUUUCAUCGGAAUGGAGCACACGGCUCGGGUUUAAGUACCCCGUAAAAGUUGUUUAAAUGUGAACUCGCAUGUGAUGUCGGGGACAAAGCUUUUUCUACAGAUGGAAGGUGGAGGUCAGGUUUCAAGCUAUUCCCUCCCUCAGCAGUCGAGCGAACUGCAUCAGGAAUUGGGAGUUUUUUACAAGACGUUAUCACUCAAUUCAGACCUACAUCUUUGAUUUGUAAAUUUUCUUCUGUGCCAGGUUAGAGCUGAGGCUGAAGAAGUCUGGGCCAUAACUUUUAGCUGAAGCCUAACAGGAGAAAGAAAAGAUCGAAAUGUGUCUGCCCUGCAGAACGGUAAGACGAUGCCAGUUUCAGUUCUGCACUCUGAUGAGUUCAUCCUAUGAGAGCAUGUUAACUUUUUCACGACCAUCAGGCUGCAGAUUCUUGCAAUCUUCGAAUCAUUUUCGAGAUAGCCUAAGAUAAACAUUUGAUUGUGUAAUGUGAAAUCUCUCCAAUCAGUGUUAUUGCCUUGUGCAUUAUCCAUGAUACCUACAUGGCUCUAUUGUCGUUAAAGGCUUUGGUGUCCCAUUGUUCGGCUUGUUGAGAUAUUUGAUGUUCUUAUGUGCAACUAGGUUGAAUCCCUUGCUGUCAGUUAGUAAGCUUCACAAAGCAACUUUUUCCAGCGUCGGAGGUUUAACCAUUC